AGACGACGCAGAAGGUUUUUUUCAUGUUGGCAGCUAAAAUCAACUGUAUACGCGGAUUGAUGGUUAUUAGAUUGCUGUGAAUUUCUUUCGGCGUUUUUCCAGUACCUACCUAUACAAUAACGAUACAAGACUGACAUUGACAAUAAAGACAUCGAAAGAGAGUCGAAGCCUGAAUUUCGACAAAAUGGCCUCCUCAUCAAGUAGUACUUCGACCGUCCGUAUUCGCAAUUUUUCGGGGCAGGAAAUAGCUAUGGCCGCCAGUCCGGAAGUUUGUACAACCAUCGGCGACCUGGUGGAUGAGUUUUACAACCAAAAACUAGUUGCGAAGUUUUUGGAACCUGGCCAGCUCGUUCCUCCCAAGCACCGCCUGAAAUGGCUGAAGUUGCAGGACGAGGAGUCUGAAGACGACGAAGAUGUAGCGGACGAAUUCUUGCCUACCAAUGCCGAGUUGGACUUCAUCAGUGCCGGCAUUGUCUACCAGUUCGUCAUCGUAGUGUCUCGCGAUUGGAAAGAGCAAAUGGAGCCGCUGAAGGUCCCAGCGGUCGAACUCCCAGUCGGGACCGCUGCCGAUCCCGAGACCCUCUUGCAAGGGAGGGAAUUACCUGGGCUGGACUUUACUCACCAAGAGCGCGUUCAUGGUUUCUUCACGCGCAUGUCGCUGCGCGAUGCCGAAGAUUUUUUGUACGACAGGGCGUACCUCAUCCCAGUGAAGAAGAAUCACGACCCGUUUGGUUCCCUGUAUCAGACAGAACCCUGGGACAUGGUAUUGGAAAAGCUGUGUGAUAACCUACCGCAUCGCCGCGACAUCACCACGUGUCUCGCGGAACCGUAUCUGAAAUCGAUUCCGGGCCGCGAAGUUUGGGUGCUCGUGGAAGCGGCACUGAAGCUACCAGUUUCGGAGUGGGAGAAGCACGGAAAGGACAGCCAGUUUUUUCCUUUGGCCGAACGCGAAGAGUACGCGGGGGCGGUUGUCUCGCAGCUGUUUUUGCAACCUGCACCGAUCAAAGACAAGGCAACCGAGCGGGACGUUUUCGAGAUCGCUCUGCACGCAUCGGAGAUAAGUCCCGGCACUGCCGCGAAACUGGUGGCACAGAGUUGUGCUCCGCCGGAUGCGGAGAAGAACAAGUACAAGGGCUGGUUCGGAGACGAGAUUCACAGCAAGGAAAGGCUUUUUUCACCGCAGCUGCGCACUGUGUCAUCCUACCGCGGCUUCGUGUCGAUGCUGCUGAGUGAGAUGCAGGGGAGGGGAAAGCUGCCUGCGUUCCUGACCGCGCUGUGCAGAACGCUUGAAGUUGCUGCACUGAAACAAGGAUGGCAAACGCUCCCGCUCGACUUCAAGCUUCUGCUCCGCCUCCAAAUGCUCGACACGAACUCGAAAAACACGGCCGUACGCUCUCGACUGGACUCGCUUGCCAUUGGCAUCGGUGGUCAACUCGCAGCAGCCCACGAGCUUCUGCAAUUUGUCGGCUCGCACUCGCAGGUCGUGCAGGUCCUUCAUGCGGAGGCUGGGGCCGACGUCACAAGCGUCAUUAAGGAGAUGGAGGAAGAAAUAGCGGCGAUGAAAAUUGACGUUGUUAGCGUCUGGGAGGGCAUCGGCUUCCACACAAGGAUCGAGGAGGAGCUGCCAAAGUGCGGAUCGACUUUGUCGUGGGCCGACUGUGUGGCGCACCUCCGGAAGAAAUUCCACCCGGAACCACAAAACGUGCCGACGAGUAAUGCCGGCGGUGGUCAAAACAACUUCGAUACCUUGCAGCUCCUACCGAUUUCGGACGAGAGCAAUGGCGAACUAGAAAGCUUCUCAGGUGAAAGCGAGGAGGACUAGACAGCGGAGUUUUUGAUCACCACCAAUUCUGGUUUGUAAGAUGUUGAGACGUCGCCUAUGCAUGAAUAAUGUUAGCUGCACGAAUGGUGAUGUAUAAAAUCUGGUCCACAAGUUGGCACUUGUUGACUCAAGAUUUUUAACUGUUCAAAAAUUCUGCAAAAAUGUAUGCUCACUUCGUUAAUUUGUCGACUUGUUGCAAGUUUCACAGUUUCCUGGAAAUCAAUGUUUGACAACUAAGUAUCUACAGUAUCUUUCGCUUCCGACGGAUUCUAUCAAAGACAAGUUAGUACAGAAAACAAUUUCUAUGCUUAGUGUGGAGAAGCGUGUUUUCCGUUUGAAU